AUGAAAUAUUAUAAUAAACAUUUAAAUAUAUUUAUCAUUUUAUUAAUAUUUUUUAUAAAUGGUAUUAAAUCUCAAGUAUUUAAAGGAAAUCAAAAAGAAAGUUUAAAUGACCUAUUUACCCAAUUAUAUGGAAAUCCAAUGGGUAAUCUUCAAUGUUUUCCAAACAAUAUACAAGUGAAAUGCAUUUGGGAUGAUAAUGGUUUAGCAUCUGUUUCCGAAAUAAAUCUUUCAACUUUAGGUGGUAUUCCUAUGUUAACUGUUGAUUUUUCAGUUUUUGAGGAUUUGGUUGAUUUCAAAACGACUGACCAUUUUUCAUUCUCACCAAAUAUUUUUACAAGACUUCCAAAUUUUAAAAGCCCAGCAACAAUGAAAUUUCAAAAUUUUAAGGAUGUUAUCCCUGAAAAUAUUAUUUUACCAUUGAAUUUAAAGAAUGUUGUAUUUGAAAAUAUUAAUGUUUCAUUACCAAAUGCAUUCCUUACAACAGGAUCUAUUGAAAAUUUAAUAAUCUCUUCAACAGGCAAAGGUUUUACAUUUCCCAAGCCAUUCCCAAUAAAUUAUUAUUUAAGAAAUCUAACAGUUGUUAUUAAUGAAAUUGGUAAUACUUUUCCAAGCGAUAUGGGCUUUGCAUUAAAAAAUCUUAAUGAUUUAACUUUAUCAUUUCAAAAUACUGGAACAACAAAUAUCAAAUUUCCAAAAAUUGUAAAUUUUACACAAUUAUCAAGUUUAAUUAUUAAUUUUCAAUAUGAAAAUGAAACAAAUCAAUUAUUUGAUUUUGAUCCCUCAAUAAACAAUAUUGAUACGUUAACAUUUUUAGAAAUUUCAGGUUAUGGUAUUAAAUCUGAUAAAAUUAUUGAUAUUUCAAAUUUAAAAGAAGGUAUUACUUUGAAAUUUUCAGAUAUAAUAGAAUAUCUUAAAAAUUUAAAAUUUCCACAAGGUUGCUCAAUAUUUUUAAAUUCAUUUUAUAUGUCUAUUGGUGAUAUUGAUUUUACAAAUGCCACAUCAUUAACAGUUACACUUUCAAGGUUUAAUCAAAGUUUACCACCAUUUUCAAAUUUUAAUUCUAAAAAAUUAAUAACAUUAAAUUUAAAUGGUAAUACUUUUAAUGGAUCAAUUCCAAAUGAAUAUUGUUAUUUUGGAAAAUAUGUUUUAAAUCUUGGUAACAAUGUUUUAAGUGGAAAUGUACCAGAUUGCUUUUUAUGUUAUGGAGGAGCCGAUUUCCCAAAUCUUUUCCCAAAUUCAGAUUUUCUUAAUUUCUACCCAUCCAAACCUGCAAUAAGAUGCGAAGAUUACCUAAUGGAUCUAUCCCCUCUUAGUACUCCUUUUAGCACUAAUCAAACCACUGUUUUAACAAUCCCAAGUGAAAAAAUUGGUUGGGAUAUUAUUCUUUCAGCCACUAUACCUGAUGUUAUUGCAGAAAUUGUCGUACCAAAUAAGGAAUUCACAAUAUCAAUUCCACCAGCUGCAGGUAGGGUUAGUGGAUUAUUAUUUUAUGGCUAUCAAGCACAAAUGGUUAGAAGUUUUACAUUUUCUUAUGUAUCUCCAAUAAUUGAUUCUUAUUAUAUUAAUGGUCCAAAUAUCUAUUUCAAAGGCUCAAAUUUUAGUUUUAAUCCAAACUUUAUAAAUAAAUUUACUAUUAAUGGAAAUCCAUAUACAGCAAAUACUCAAACUUUGGAAGAUGUUCAUGGAAUUACAUUUCCAAGUGAAAACAACCCUGUUUCAGUUUUAAAAAAUAGAGAGCCAUUUAAUGUUUCAAUUACUAUCCAUAUUAAUAAAUCCCCAAUUGUAACAUUUAUUUACUUUGGUAAUAUUACUCUAACAAAUAGUUCUCAAUUUAUUUUUAAUACCACUGGUGGAGAUAUUACAUUAGAUGGUGAGUUUGGUAUUGAAACAACUGAUUUUUCAAAAGCAAUUAUUGAAAUUAAUAAUAUUCAAGUUACUAUUAAUCAAAUAUCUGAAACUCAAAUUAAUUUUACAUAUCCUUCAAUUGCUAAUGUUGAUGGUACUUAUCCUGUUUUUAUUGAAAUUGAUGGAUUUAAAUACACAACUGAAUUUGAAUUCAUUGGUGCACCAACUUUACCUCCAACUCAAACACCAUCUAAAACACCCACUGAAACACCAUCUGAAACACCUACUGAAACACAAACCCUUUCACCAACACCAACUCAAACACAAACCAAUUCUCCAACACCAACUCCAAAACCAUCAGAAAGUAAUGAACUAUCUUGUUCUCCAAACUUAUCAAAUUCUUUCGUUCUAUUAAUUUCAUUAAUUUUUGCAUUCUUUUUAAUUAUUUAA